AGGCAGGUAGGUAAGCAGGAAGCCAAGGAGGAGGAGAGCAGGUGGCAGGCAGGCAGAGAAGGGCAGCCGGCGUCCCGGGCCCGCCUCCCACGGUCCCUCCUCCCGGACGUGCCGGGACAGCCGCGGUUCCCCGAGCCGCCGUCCCGAGCCCGGCCAGGCUCCGCCGCUGCCUUCCCGAGCCCUUAGGGCAGGGGUGGCCCUAAGGUGCCCCAGGAACGCGUGCCCGGCCCGGGAGCAGCAGAGACCCCUCGGCGCGGCUGCCGCUGGCCGCGAAACCCGGCCGUGCCGGAGGGGCCCCGCGGGGAGCGGCCCGGGUCACCAUGUCCCGCGGGGACAGCCGCUGGCCGGUUCGCCUGCUGGUGAUCACCUGCGUGAUGGCCGGGCCGGCGCUGAGCCAGGAGUGCUCCGCGGAGAAGAUGGAGAAUUCCAUCAUCGAUAUAGACUUGUCCCUGCCCCGCGGCGUCCGGGGCGCGGAGCCGCUGCGCGUCCCCGGCGCGGGCGCGUGUGUCCGCGCCUGCUGCUCGGGGCAGCGGCUCGCAGGAGACAAGAAGUGUAAUUUGAUUAUUUUUUAUGCUGCAAGGACAAGUACACAUCCAAAUUGCUACUUGUUCUACUGUCCUAGCACUGAGGCUUGUCCAAUGAAACCUGCACCAGGACUUGUGAGCUACAAGAUAACUACAGACAUCCAUGCCCCAGAGGAUAAAUCCAACAAAACUGAGAACUUUUCUUCAAAUGAGUAUCCUUUGCCUUUGGAUGCUGGAACCUUUAUUUCUCACAGUCAGAAUAGCCAUCAGAAUUACACUACCAGUUUGCAGCAAUCUGUCUUUCAUCAGGCAUCUGAGCUCCUGAACCACAUAGGCAAGCAUUUGGACAACAUGAAACUUCAUACAGUUUUUCCUGAAUCUCAAAGAGCAGAACAGUCUGAAAGCUUCGACCCCACGUCAAGGCAGAAGGUCACUACCCUGCCACCAAACACACCUGGGGUUCCAGUAGGAAACCCCACUGCUUCAUUCCCCUCCACUGCUCAGGCAAACACUCCUGAAACCAGCAGUGCUUCUCACACUCCUCUGCCAACAAGUACUGCCCAGCUGGAGCCUCCAACAACCUCUCUGCCUCCUGGUGCUGCUAAACCAAACACAGCCAGUCCCACCACAGCUGCCUCUCCACCUGCUGCAGCCACUACAGCUAAACCUGGUGUCCCAGCCACCAGCAUCCUUGUUACUCAUGUUCUUCUUUCCAAGCCCACCAAUUCUGCUUCUACUUCUACAACCAAGCUGGUGACCAUGAAUUCCAGAUCUGUUACCACCCCAUCAGGGCCGAGGACUCCAGCCAUGGCUCCUGAGCCAACAGUUGUCUCUUCCAAUGAUACCAGCCAUGUGACCCUCCUCUCUUUUACAGGUUUCAUCCUGUCCAGUGAUUCCCCUGUAUCUUCCCAAAAUGACCUUCGGGGUUAUGACCCAUCUGGCUCAGAAAACUCCUUGUCAGAAGGUGUUCUGGGAGGGAAAGGGGUCUUCCAGCUGGGGGAAAAAAGCAGCCUUGUAGCAGCUUUGUUUUUUGGGGUGAUGUUCUUGUUGCUAGUUAUUGUGCUGACAGGGAAGAAAAUACAUGAAUCCCUUCAGAAGAGGCAUUACACCAGGCUGGAUUACUUGAUCAAUGGAAUGUAUGCUGAUGUCUGACUGGGAGAGGGAAUAAAAUUUUGAGGAACAUCUCUCACUUUUGAGAAGAGAUCUCUGAAAUGGAAGAGUGAAAUCUUGGAAGAGAAUGGAUUCCUUUUUUGGGCUCUAAUGGGAAAGCAGGAGCCAGGAGAUUGGUUUGGUAGUGAGAAGGAAUGCUCUGUCUCUGCUGAACUAUAAUGUCUGUCAUUUUUGAUUUAUUACUAAAUCCUGAGAGUAAACAUUUAAAUCCAGGUUAAGCUAAGAAGGUCUUAUAUUUAAGGAGAAAAAGCAUUUCAAGAGCUUAAUCUGUGCUGUGACAAGAUUAGUGAAAUUGAAGUACACCUAAUAAAUUCAGUACCUGUGAAGCAUGUGGGUGUUUUCAGUGCUAUUUGCACCAAAUGCCAGAGUGUUACAUGAUUGCCUGGCAAUCCUAUUUACCCUAUUUGUAGCUUUAAAGGAAUACUUAGUAAUAGAGCUUUGCAUCCAAAUGGUUUUAGGUACAAAGAGGAAAAAUAUAUCACGUAUGGCAUAAUUUAAUUUUCCUUAUCUAAAUAUGGUUUAUGGUUUUAUACAUAUCUUUAAAGUUCUUUUGCAUACAUCUCAGGUAUCCUUAAAACUACUUACUGCAAAUGUGGGAGCUCUCAAAGCACACCCUCUUCACUUCUAGUGUCCCCUUCAUGUGAGUGGUAAUAAGCAUAGCUACUUAGUAACAGUUGUUUUGAUAUUUGAGGUUUUUUCCAACUAAACAAUUCUAUGAUUUUAUGUUUUUCUGACUCUUCAACAGUGAGAGUAAGUGGGACCAUCUACUGCCACACAACUUCCAGGUCUCAUUAUUUAAAUUUCCCUUUGUGUACAGUCUGUCUAAACCUGGUUUUAGAAUGAAAGGCUAGAUUUCAGUGUUCAUGUCAGGUGGCAUAAUCAACAACAAAUGUCAGGGCAGAGAAGGAAGGGUGCCUCGAUGCAAGGAAACAAUUCUGAUACAAAAUAUGAAAUUUGACUCACAUCCAAGAGAUUCUUAGAUCUGUCAAGCUUAGUGUGGUGGGAAGCAGGCAUGAUCCAAAAAAUUGCCUCAAGGCAAGUUUUCUGAAAGCUCUAAAUAACUAAAUGCAGAAAAUUCUCUGAAAAUUCCAUUAUUCAGAGAUCAAAGAAAAGUCGGUGUUCCUUCUGUCAAGAACUUGAAUUCUUAUUAUAUGGAGGCUGAAAAUUGCUUUAUAUAUAUAAAACCAGCUGGUCUGCUAUACUGUUGAAGUCUGACAAUGGUAAAAAGAAAAGCAGUCUGGAUAACCUCUUAAAAGUGAACAAAAUUACAGAGGAAAUAUACCUCAAAUUUAACAGCUUGUUUGUUGAUUGUGCUUUGUUUAACCUCAUUUUCUUUCUUUCUUUUUUUUUUUUUUAAUAGCUAUUGUCAGAGGUUUCUGGUCAAGGAACCUAACAAGGAGGAACAUUUUUGGGAAAUGAGUUCACAGAAUGAUAAGUACUAGGCCUAGCUGUAAAAAUGCAGAUGCAGAUCUGAGGUUGACCAUAAUUUUCUCUCAUAAGAACUGCAACCUUCAUGAGAAGCUUUCUAUGUUGCUGCUGCCACCACAGCACCUUAAUGCAGGAGAGGUGCUGAGAACAGCCCCUGAAUGCUCACUGUGCAUUUCUGCUGUAAUAAAUAAUUUGUUGGAGGUAAAAAGUGGUUGGUAUUAAUUGAUAUGUUUACAGUACAAUAGCAAAAUAGUCAACAGAAACCAGCAGAUGUAUCUCAGGGUUGUUCAGAGCACAGGUCAUGUAUUCACCUGGAGAGGGGCAUUUUUUAAGGACAUGUAGUAAUAGGACAAGGGGGAAUAGCUUUAAACUAAAAGAAAGAAAGUUUAAAGUAGAUAUUGAGAAGAAAUUCUCCCCUGUGAGGGUGGUGAGGCCCUGGCAGAGGUUGUUCAGAAAAGCUGUGGCUGUCCCAUCCCUGGAAGUGUUCAAGGCCAGGUUGGCCAGGGCUUGGAGCGGAUAGUGGAAGGUGUUCCUGCCCAUGGCCAAGGGAUGGAAUGAGCUGAUCCUUAAGAUCCUUUCCAACUCAAACCACUCUCAUUGUGGCCCGUGUCAUUAGGAGCUGCCCUCCACCCAAUGAGCAGUGCAUGCCCAGCAAGGUGAAUGGCAGAGGUAAAGCUGAGAGGUGCUCAGGCACCAUGGCUGAUUUGCUGAGGAUGCUGACCUCAGUGGUUUUUCACAACAUUUGAGUUAAACAACUUUAGAGGUUGUAACAUGAAAAAUCUUCUUUUAUGCUCAAGCAAAGAAAACAAAGUAUUAGGUAGGUGUACUGAAACAGUUUCUAAAAAAUUUUUAAAUUAUUUUUCCCAUCUAUCUGUCAUGUUGGAUUCAGAGUUAACGGGGAAUUAAUUGAUAGCUGACCAGUUUGGAUCUCUCUGGAGGGGCCUUUACAAACUGUGUUUGAACACUAGAGGGCAACAACAGUUUAUUAAACAGAACUGACAAGUUACGAGGAUUUUUGAUGAUUUGAAAAAGUUUUAAUUAGUUUGGUUUUUUAACUUCCCAAACUAUGGCUAUUUUAUUGCAAAAAGGUUUUAUAGGAAAGUUUUUUGUUUAUUGGAAGGGUCUGGGUGGAGGAUUAUGCACACACAUUUUUAAAACUUUUCACUGUAUCAUAUAAUGGAGAAGACAAAAAAACUAAGCAUAUUUUCUGUUUUAAUAGCAUUGAAUCAGAUUGCAUUAUUUUCCAUGUAUUGGCAUUUCCUGUUAACAGAGAAUGAGAGAUUUCCCAUCAUCAUUCUUUUGACUAUGAUGCUUUAUUAUAUGCAUUUUUGGAGCUUAUUUGCCUAGAUAAUCCUCUUGUAUUAUGAACAAAAAGGGAGUGAGACUAACUAAAAAAAAUCCAGUUUGUUAUACUUUCCAAUGUUAAAACUUCUGUGCACUCUUCUAUUUUUCCACUGACAUGUCCUGUGGUCUUCAUUGUGCACCACACAUGGAACUGGAUCAUUAAUCACCAUGCUGUGAUGACAAGCCUCACAUUGGGGUGGCUCUUUCUGAAGGUAACCAGUUCUGGUAUGGCAGGAGGCCAAAAGCUGAUUGACUUUUGUCACAUGGAGAGUGUCAUAAAUUCUAUAGCUGCUUGUUUUCAUGUUCUUGCUUUAUAAUGCUGAACAAACAUAAGGUGAGUAAAUAUUAACUGUCAUGAACAAAACUGUCUUGUGGUAUUGUACAGUAAAACAAAUAGCCUGGAUUUUAUAAGCACUGCAAACAAUCAUAAAUAAAUAAAUUAUAGGUCU